AUGUCACACGGAGUCAAUAUUCGAACAGUUAGCGGAAAUAAACAUAAUCCACUACUACCAAGUAAAUUUCAACGUGUACAAAAUCGAGCUGCAGCUAUCUGGGAUGCAUGGAAUGAAGAUGGACGUGGUCUUGCUUUGGAAUUCGUGCCUCAUCUACAUAGAGUCUCAGCCGAACGAAUCUAUUAUGAUAUUUAUGGAAAUCCAUCAAAUGUUGAUAAACGAUUUGGUAUUGAAGAUUCGACGAAAUUGAAACGUACUCUGAACACACACAGUGUAAUUUUCCGGGAUUCAGUUAGUCAAAAAUAUGCAAAAAAUCUUAAAUACGAACUAGUCACAAUUUUUCUGGAACGAUUUCAUAAUUCUUUUCCAAAUCCUUAA